AGGCACACGCACGCACAAACACACGCACGCACACACACACACACACACGACAGGGCUAAAGUGGUACCCUUCAGACACAUUAGACAGAGGGAGGGUGGGGCACCAGUAAAGAUUUCUUAAUGGGCUCUGCUGUUCUCUCGUCCAUCUGCCUUGAUGAUAAACACAGCUAGUUGACUUUAGCCUGAUGCGCAUCACCGUUUUCUUUUUCUUUAUCCUUCAACAAACCUUUAAUUUUAUCGCUUUUUCACCAGGAACUGGAGAUCUACAGAGUGAGGAGCCAUCGGACUUUGUGAUCGAUCAUGGUUUGUUUUUUGAACAGUAUGGGAGAUUCAAUGAGCAUUUCCUUGUCAUAACAGGUCUUGUGUAGCUGUGGAGUAAAUAAUUUGGAUGUCUGGUCAGUGUCAGAGUGCAUGGAGAGCGCACUCUGUGGGACUAUUUGUACGUGAGUGACACUAACCAGCCGUUCACAGCCUUCACAGUAACCUCAGGAACAGUCGCGGUCCUGGAGGAGGAUGCCUUCCCUGCACCACGGAGCAAUCUUUAUCGGAGCCUUCCUCAUUGUGACCGGGGGCUCCACAGCCUUCCUGGCCUCUUACCAGAGUCGCCUUCAGGCUUUCUCCCUCUGCUGCGUGGUGCUGGGGGUGGUCAUGCUCAUCCUGGGGCUGUUCUGGGCCAUGAACAGCAAAAGUGCCGCAAACUACAACCAUCGGGAGUUUGACCCAGAGUGUCCACAUUAUCCAUACGACUACCCCAACUUCAGCAGCCAUGCCCUCUUCACACCCCCAGGGAGCCGCUUCCCAGAAUCCCAAUCGGUGUUUCUACCCAGGACAAUGGAACGCCACAGGCAAGCUGCUCAUGGUGAAGACUUCGACUACCCUCCCAUGGACCCUGGGGGUUUCAGUCCGUCGCCUCACCCUCCGAUGUGGCAGGAACCCCCGCCACCCUAUGAAGUUGCCAUCAAAACAACGUGCAGCACUACACAACUGCGGCGGGCAUACUCGGACACACACCUGGCGUCCGAGCCCCUGUUUGGACGAUCAAGAGAGAUCAGCUUUGAGGUGUGACGCUGGACAAUACGGACACCCAGGGGCGUAGCACAAAAUUCUGGGCCCUGUAGAAACCAUUCUCUAUUGGCCCCUCCCCGCAUCCACAUCUUUUCAUUCUAGCAUCUUUUUGGACGCUCUCCUCACAUGAGGGCCUUCGCUACUCAUAGUGCGUUCCAUUUAGGCUACCUCCGUACUUGGAUGUCGGAGCUGGGAAUGACGUCACACCCAAAUUGAAUGCAUUUCAUUUCCAUUUUGAGAUUUUUCAUUGUUAUCUCUAGCCAGGUUAGCCAUUGUUAGCAACACCAGUGGAUGACAACGCAUUACUAUGU